AUGUCUCGACACCGCGUGAAAAACCUGAGUUACGAUGAGGAGGAUUUCGAUGACGAUGGCUAUGACUCUGCUGAUCCUGAGGAGCAAGAAAUUGUUGAGCACUGCACGGUAGAGGUGCUUCAGCAACUGCGCGCUGGGGAGCCUUCUGUGAUGGCGACUCGCGAUGAGGUCCAGGAAGCUUUAUGGCACUACUACAAUGACAUUGAAAGAUCGGUGAACUAUCUAAGAAAUAAGAAAGCGAAGGAAAUAAAGAAGAAGCCUCCUACGGCUCCGGCACCGAAAGCAAAAGGGACACCAGUGCCUGCGUAUCCGAUACCCCUUUCUACCCUACACUCGCCGCAAACUGUCCACUUUUCAGCCGCGGAGUUUUUUCGCGAUUCUCCUUGGCUGAACGUUCCCGCGCACCGUAAGGCCGAUAUUCUGAUAGAGCCUCUUUACCCUAAACUGGGGCUUCUUGGAGGGGCUCCCGAAUCUAGCGGAAAAGUGUCUAAGCUGGCUGCUUUGGCUGCCGCACGCAAGAAGAAAGAGACCGACAAAGCCCCAUCAUUAGCUUUAGAUUCUACUUCUGGGGGAAACCAGUCUCGGUCGUCCUCAACGGAAUCAAAAGGGGCUCCUCUUUCUCUACGUGAAAGGCUUGCUAGGUCCCAGAAAUCCUCCGAGGGUGCACAGUCACUUCGCACGCUUGGGAAAGGAUCUCGUAUUGGAAGCCCUAUACCGGGGCAAAAAGCGUCGACGGAGCAACAGUUAUCAAGUGUACCGAAUGAAGCGAGCAUAGGAAAGGCAACAACGGAAGAGCCAGUGGCCAGCGAGAGAAAGGAGGAGUCUACUGCGAUCAUUCGUGCACCACCCUCAACGUUUGCCAGUACCAUCGUGGGAGAUGCUAUACGCCCUAUGGUGACCGAGCUCAGCCACUUGCACUCAAACGCAUUGGAUUUGAUGAAGAUAUACGGGCAAGAAUAUACUGAACCUUUUGACUUCGCAGCCCCAAGCCCCGAUGACGUCGUAUUGAAUGCACAGAACUCCGCAAAAGGAUUUAAGUCGAAGCAAUCCGCCUCCAAGACUGCGGGCGACAAGAAACCCCAGACUGACUUGGUUAGUGGCAUGACUAAUUUGAGCGUGGAGAAGGUAAACGUCAAGAGCAAAAAUUUGGACGUUUUGUCCGAAUAUAGGAAAUCUAAACGAAAGAAUGCUAUGAAUUUUGCCGUUGUUGGUCAUGUUGAUGCCGGUAAAAGCACACUUAUGGGGCGUCUACUUGCAGACUUGAAAGCCAUCGAUCAACGUACUCUAGAUAAAUACCGCCAAGAAGCAGAGAAGAUUGGAAAAGGGUCUUUCGCUCUCGCUUGGGUAUUGGAUCAGGGUUCUGAAGAGAGAGCGCGGGGUGUCACCAUUGAUAUCGCGACUAACAAAUUUGAAACGGAGAAGGCGAUUUUCACGAUAGUUGAUUCGCCUGGACAUAAGGAUUUUGUGCCGAACAUGAUUGCUGGGGCCAGUCAGGCGGACUUCGCUGUCCUUGUCAUCGAUUCCGGCACUGGGAAUUUUGAGUCCGGGCUGAAAGGUCAAACCAAAGAACAUGCGCUGCUGGUACGAAGUAUGGGUGUCCAAAGGAUUAUCGUCGCAGUGAACAAGAUGGACUCGGUGCAGUGGAGCAAGGAUCGUUUCGAGGAGAUUGAACAACAGGUUUCAUCUUUCUUAACCACCGCUGGAUUCCAAGCCAGAAGUAUCUCGUUCGUGCCGUGCUCGGGCAUAAAUGGAGACAAUGUCACUCGGCGAAGCGACGACCCAAGUGUCUCAUGGUACAAAGGCCGCAUGUUGAUCGAAGAGCUUGAGGCCACCGAACCGAACACCCAUGCCAUUGAGAAACCACUACGCAUGACAAUAGGCGACGUAUUCCGAGGCAGCGUGCAGAAUCCUCUUUCGAUCUCUGGCCGUCUAGACGCUGGCAGCCUCCAAUCAGGUGAUCAAGUCUUGACAAUGCCCAGCGGGGAGAAGGCGACUAUUCGCAGUUUAGAAGUGGAUGGGGAACCUAGUGACUGGGCUGUGGCAGGACAAAACGUCAUUCUGAACCUGGUCAAUAUUGAUCCCGUUCAUCUCCGUUCGGGCGACGUAAUCUGCCAGGCAUCGGCCCCUAUAGCCAAUGUUACCUCAUUUACGACGAAAGUGCUGGCGUUUGAUCAUCUGAUGCCUAGUAUGGUUGACAUUCACCGAGGGCGUCUCCACGUAGCGGGACGAAUAAGUCGUCUGGUUGCCACUCUGGAUAAAGGGUCUGGCGCUGUUGUUAAGAAGAAGCCUAAGGUCAUUGCGCCGGGUACGGUGGCACGGAUUGAGGUGGAGAUGGACCGUUCAGUGCCUCUGGAAGCGCCAGCGAGGAUUGUUCUACGGGCUGGAGGCGAUACUGUCGCGGCGGGAUUAUUAGAGUAA